AUGCGAUACCUUUUUGCUGUUUUGUCUCUAUUGACGUUGGUCAAUGCCCAAUUCGGCGGCUUCUUUGAUCAAAUGUUCAACCAGCAAGGAGGCCACGAACACCACCAAGCGCAACAGCAAAACAACCCAAGCGAUGCCAACCACUACAAGCAGAAUUACGAGAAUUCUGUCUGCGACAAAUACCUCUGCCCCGAUACUCUCGCAUGCGUCCACUUUCCUCACCACUGUCCCUGCGCCUGGGAUGCUCAACAGGAAAAGUUCGAAUUAGCAGAGGGACAACGUCUCUGUGUUUCCCGGGGUGGAUUCCAGCCCGGUGAAACAGCUCGAAAGAUUGAAUUGGCAAGAAAGGGAUUACUGUGA